UUCUCGGGAAGGAGGAAGGAGAGGGGGGUGGUUUGUAUGAUGUUGUGGAUCUGCAUUCUGGCUGCGACCAUGCUUUCCAUUCGCACUUAAUGUGUCAAGAUUUCUUCCCUCUUGCACAUGAGAUUGCUGUAGAAGUAUGCAGACACUGUUGGUUUGAGAGAGAGUGAGAGAAUAGGGAAAACAGAAGGAGAGAGAGAGUGAGAGACUGUAUGUGCUUCAGACUGCGCAGUAAUGCCUUGGCAGCUCCGGGAAGCAGGCACUCAUCCGCUUCAGUAAUCUGCUGUUCUUCCUUCCAGGCAUCGGAUGAGGAGAUGCAGACCCUAAGGAUCUCCAGCAGUAUUUCAGGGCUGCACGGACAAGGUAACAGACGCAAGCAGGAAUAAGUGGAAUCCCAGUUUGGGAGCAGAGAAUUUAUACACAGACCUUCAUGAGAGGUGGCCUUCUGUGAAAAACCAUGAAAAAGAUAUAUAUCGGGAAAACGGCCCUUAAAACCUCUCGAAAUGGUUGUAAACAUCAGAAAAAGAGCUCUCUGCAGGAACAGAAGGAAGACCUGCGGAAGCGUCUCUCUUACACCACACAUAAGCUGGAGCUUCUAGAGCGUGAGUUUGACUCUACGAGGCAGUACCUGGAGACUGAGCUGCGUCGAGCCCAGGAGGAGCUCGACAAGUUCACCGACAAACUACGCCGAAUACAGAGCAGUUACUCAGCAUUGCAGAGGAUCAACCAGGACUUAGAGGAUAAAAUCCACCGAAAUUCACAGCACCACGAUGAUGAGAAACGAGCUCUCAGUAGAGAAAUCAUCGUCCUCAACAAUCACCUCAUGGAGGCAAAGAUGACUAUUGAGAAGCUGAGAGAAGACAAUGACUUGUACAGGAAGGACUGUAACUUGGCUGCCCAGCUCUUGCAGUGCAAUAAGUCACACUACAGAGCCCAGUUAUCUGAGUUGCCUGCAGAGUUCCAGGAGCGUGUAAGCUUGCACAUGGAAAGUUCUUCCCUCUGCCACUCCCCAUAUGCUGACACAGUGCCUACCUCUGUCAUUGCUAAGGUCCUGGAGAAACCAGACGAGGUCUGCAGCAGUCACGUCUCUCGCUCACCCAGCCCACAACCCCAGGAACGCCAGGGAUUCCUUGUGGGCACCAGCCUUGUGGGUAGUACUGAGCGCCUUGGCCUUCGAGCUCCAUACAAGUCAGACCUGUAUAGCAGUGACACAGCACUUUAUUGCCCUGAUGAACGGAGGCGAGAGCGCCGCCCCAGCAUGGAUCUCCAUGGACAGCGAAAGGUCUAUGAACCCCAGAACUCCACAGAUAGCAACCCAGAAGAUGGCUCAAUGUCCCUGCAGCCUGGCUUCUCGCAGGACCACUUCCGAAAGUUUACCACCUCUCUGGGGGGUGGCUCCAGCUCUUACUCCAGCUUUAGCGGAGGAGGGUCAGAGGAUAAGGGUCAGGAUCCUCCUAGCAGUGCAGCAUCUUCACCACGUCACCAUGCCCUUUACAUGGAAUGGAGGGAUGGUGUUGAAUACGAACACAAAAGUGACUCUUCCUGGGAGAAGGAGAGUCCAAGCGCAUUUACAAAGGCCCAUGCUUUUCAACCGCCUGAGUCCAGCCACCAUCAGAAUGGUAGCUCACCCAUUUACAGCAGAACCAUGUCCUCCUGUUACAGCGAACCUUAUGAGCCCCUGCCAACCUCCACCUCACCGAGCAUUACAUACGGUGACAGUCGCAGAGGAAGUGCUUUUGCUCCAGAGGAAGAUGAGCUGAUUGGUCGAUGGAGGCAACUGAGUGUGGAGGACCUCAGUGCCCACUCAUACCGCAGUCCUGGGCGGGCAUCACCCUACAGCUUCUCUGAGCAACAUUUCUCAGUCCGGCCUGCCAAAAUCCGUCUUGGUCCCCUCUACAGUAGCUUCCAGGAGGGUACAGAUGUGUACCACCAUCAUGCAGGCGUUUUAGACCCCUUCUCCAGUCCCAGCCCUGAGUGCAGUCCAGGCCUACAGCAGCAGCAAAGCCAACCCCACUUAUACCACUCCAAGGAGGACAGCCAAGAGUCCGAGCACAGCCUUUACAGCCCCAAAGAUGGUGGAAUGGCAGCUGGGGGCCAGAAGACGGAGUACGUCGACGUAAGUCCCAAUAGCUCAAAUGAGUCGCUGGACCAUGGAUCUCUUGAGAUGGCGGCUGACCUGCAGCAUUAUCAACCCGAGAGGCACAACUUGUCCCCUCAAGGAACCACCCCACCACCACCUCCACAACAACCGUACCAAACAUUUGGCACACUUGGACUGUCACGCAAGGACAGUCUCACCAAGGCACAGCUCUAUGGUACACUACUAAACUAAGAGCAAGGGUUCUUGGUUAUGCUUUCUCGUCAGUAGGUUUGAAUGUGAAAAUACAGUUUGAACCAAACUAAUGAUGGGAUUUUCAGAUCAUUAGCUUUCCUAUCUUUUCUCUCUUUUUUCUGUAUCUGUUACAGUGUUUUCUAAACAUUUAACAUGAAUUGCUCAUGUUUCUACAGUUGAUAUGAAGCUCCAGCACUCAGCACUAUUUGUAUAGCCUAUUUUGAAAGUUUAUUAAUGGUUCCGUGUGGUUUGUGAGAAAGUAAUUUAAGUGUAUUAGGUUUAUGGAUUUUUGGAAACAUGACUUCAAUGAAAAUAGUAAGAGAGGUUGACUUUGUUUUCCCAAAAGCCUCCUGGCUCAUAAGGGUUCUUGAGGUGAUUGGUCAACAUAUGCUAUGUACAAAGAUAAGCUAAUUUUGACAAGAAAUUUGAUCUUUUAUUAUAUAAUUUAUGAAUAGCUGUAUUGUUAGUUAUACUAUAUCUAUAACCAUUUAAUAAAUGUAACACUACGGGGAGACUGACAAAUCUGAAUAAUUGUAAAUCAUUUCUAUUGCUUUGAAUAAGGCAAUCGGCACAAUUAUUCAAGCUGCCUCAAAUGAUUUAAGUCAUAGGUACAAUCUUAUAUUUUACUGAAAUCCAUAGACAGUUUUUCUUUAGAUGUGAGUGAGAUAUUCUGAAAAUAUUUGAGAAUAAACUCAUAUUACCAUAAGUCAGUCCUUGAAGAUGAAGAAGCAACCAAAGUGAUACUUCAAAUCUAUUUCAAAUAGAUUUGAUAUUACUCAAAUCUAUUUUUCUUCAAAAGUGUACACAAUAGCUUGAACGCACUGGGCAUUUUUUUGAACUCCUAAUGUGUUUUGUUUGCAGAUGGGUUUCUGAGGUGAUUGUUCUUUUCUGUGUUUUCUCUUUUCUUCCUCAGUGCUGUAAGUCCCUCCCUCAGGCCCUCUCUACCUCACGAUUCAAUCCCUCUCUUCUCUCUUAAUCAGCUGGGAUCCUGUGUCAGUUGACACAAUGAUGCAUGACUCUGUUUCUUCUGUUUAGCUUUCUCUAUCUAAUAAAGCACAAAA